AUGGCUGCGUAUGCGCUGGAGUCAGGGGGCAAGGCAGAAGUCACGGCCGUCCUGCGAUCCAACUACGACGCCGUCGAGGCGAGUGGCAUCGACAUCGACUCUAUAGAACACGGCCAUGAUAUCAAGGGAUGGCGCCCGACAGCAAUUCGCAAGGACAUCCCCAACGUUUCCGGCGAGCGUCUCGCGCCGUUCGACUUCGUUCUAGUCACCACCAAGAACGUCCCCGAGGUCCCGCCGUCAGUAGCAGACCUCAUUGCGCCCGCCGUAACGCCUGGCAAGACCGCCGUUGUGCUUUCGCAAAACGGGCUGAACAUCGAAAAGCCCGUAAUUUCGCGCUUCCCUACGAACGCCAUCAUCAGCAGCGUGUCGUACAUCAGCACAACGGAGAAGGCGCACGGCAAGAUUCUCCACGAUGACGCGGACGCGCAGAGUAUCGGGCCCUUCCUCAACCCAGGGGUCAAGGCCUUAGUAGCCGAGGACGGGGCGCGGCGCUAUAUAGCGGCAUACAACGCGGCAGGCAAGCUGGACAUCGUCUUCGACGCCGACGUGCGCAAGGUGCGGUGGAGCAAGCUCCUGUACAACGCCUCCUACAACUCCGUCGCGUCUUUGCUGCGCAUGGACACGGCGCGCAUGCGCAUGAGUCGGCACGUGAUCGACGAUCUGAUCCGCCCCAUCAUGAAGGAGAUCAUCGCGGCAGCGGCCGCAUGCGGCGUGACGGAUAUCCCCGCGGACCUGCCCGAGAAGGUCAUCCGCACCGACCCGACCGACACGGCGUUCAAGCCCAGUAUGUGCCAGGAUGUCGAGAAGAGCAACUUCAUGGAGAUUGAGAACAUCGUCGGCGAGCCGCUGCGCGAGGGCGAGGCUCGUGGCGUCGAUAUGCCCACGCUGCGCACUGUGUAUGGCCUGCUCAAGGGGCUGCAGCUGCAGAUUCGCGAGGCGAGGGGUUUGUGGGAGCCUGAGUUCGAGGCAGAUAACCCGUAUCAGUAG